GUGCAUCAGUUCUGGUUUAUUUUAACCAUUUAACUGGAUUUUUACUAUUAAAAAAUGCAACUCCCUUUUACUCUGGCUGUUUUUGCGAUGGUCUUUACCGUCAUCAACUGCUAUACCGAUGAAGAGGCCUGGAACGAUUACAAAAAAAAACAUGGAAAAAAUUACAGGUUUCCUUUUGACGGAGGACGCCAAGAUCGAAUACGGAGAGCCCUUUUCCAAAUCAGAAGUGCUGAAAUCAAUAAACAUAACAGCGAAAAUAGUGACACCUACAGGCUUGAAGUGAACAAGUUUACCGACAUGGCACCCAUAGAGUUGGAUGACUUUCUCGGUAUCAAAGCUGGGUCUGUUCCUCGCAACCACUUUGUAGAAGCAAAUGCCGAUAACGUAGAGAGUCGGCAAAUUCCUACUAGCCUGGAUUAUCGUUACAACAAGUGUUUGCCAGCAAUCAAGAACCAAGGACAGUGUGGAAGUUGCUGGGCUUUUAGCGCAAUUGCUCCUCUCGAAUUCGCCAAAUGCAAGAAAACUGGAACUGCCGUUGUUCUAAGCGAACAACAACUAGUGGAUUGCGAUCGGUCAAAUGGUGGAUGUAGUGGUGGUUGGUACGUGGAUGCUUGGAAUUACACCAAAAGAGCUGGCGGAUCUGCGAGAAAAUCCUCUUACGAUUAUACUGCCACUGUUGGCACAUGCAAAUUCAGCUCGUGGAUGGUAGGAGCCAACGUUUCUUCGUUCGGCUAUGUUGCGUCCAAAAAUGAGGCGGCAAUGCAAUCAGCUCUGGUUAAAUAUGGUCCUCUUCCUGUGGCCAUGAAUGUCGUCCCCUCGCUCUAUUCCUAUGCGAGUGGAGUGUAUUCCGAUACCGCUUGCGAUGGACCUAAUGUGAAUCAUGGUGUCGUUGUUGUUGGCUGGGGUGUGCUCAAUGGAAAGAAAUUCUGGAUGGUGCGUAACUCAUGGGGAACCAAUUGGGGCCUGGCUGGCUACUUCCGCAUCCAGCGUGGUGUCAACAAAUGCAACAUCGAAACUUAUCCUGCUUACGUUGUACCAGUUUAAUUAUUUAACUGCCAAUGGCUGACGAAUUUUAAUAUUUAAUUUAAUCUGUUUUUUUUUAAUUUUUGCUUCUGU